UACUUACUCUGCUGCCACUAUGCAUUUCCUUGUAACGAUACCCUAGCUUUGCUCUCUUGUCCUCAGGACAUCGAACAAGGAAAUGCUGUGUAGAUUGCUCUAUGCGAGCUAAGUCGCACUCAGUCUCAAGUUUUGGCAAUCUUGUCUUGAUACUUCGCCUUUGGAUGACAUAACGCACAUACAACUAUCCAUCAGAUCGAUGCGUACUUUGGAUGGCUCACCUCGCAGCAAUGAUAGUCAUCAAUAAAUAUGAAUUAUUUGCAUCCUCUCGAUAGGCUCAAUCUCGCGACCGUACCCUAUCCCAGAGAAUACUGUCUACUGUUUUCAGCAGCACUCGGUGACAUGAGGUUCAUUUACUUUGACGAAGAAUUGAAUCGGGCGCCUAUUUUCAGGGUGAUGAUGACAUGCUUCACACUGCGGAGCCAAUUCGACAACGUGCCACUAGUCGCCAUAAAAACUCGUAUCGAUCUCCAUCAUCUUACCACGACCAGCAUGCAGACCCUCAUCGACGACCUCGAAAAGUCGUUCUCUAAGCUUUCCACGAAAGACGAUAAGAAAUCGGCGUUGUUGUCAUGCAUGGAAAGGCUCGGAAGCGAUUCUCAAGGAUCUAUAAUUCAGCUUUACGGGUGCCCUGGUAUCCCCAAGAGCGGCAAAAACGUAGAUGACAACGACCGGAAAGCCUUAGAAGGCCUCAUCGCACGUCAUGGACUUCAAGAUGACUUAUUCGACGUCGCAAAGGCGCUAUGCAAUGAAAGUCGUUUGGCGCUCGGGACCAAGAUGCCGCCUCCCUUGAGCCGUCUCGGUUGCGCAAAUCAAAUCAUCUCCAAGUCCCAAUUUUGCCCUAAAGAUGGAACUAUGACCUGUUCCGGAUGUUUUCUCGUUCGAUAUUGCUCGAAAGAGUGCCAGUCGACCCACUGGAAAUCGCACAAGCAAGAUUGUAAAAAUCCAUUAAAAUCAACGUCAUGGUCGCCAGCAUGGAUCAAGGAGAAGAGGAGCCCAGCGUUCAUUGACGGUGACGACGUGCCACCAAGCCAACUUUCGAUGCAAUCUCCAUUUGGAAUGGGCGUGAUUUUGUGGGGGAACAUCGAGGCUAUCGAUAUCAUUAGCGCCAAGCAUAACGAGGGGCUAGAAGAUAUACGGAACAGAGAUCUAUCGAUAGCAUUCAUAGCUUCCGGAGAUCUACGAAACGUUGUCAGGACCAUCAAUGAGUUACCAGAAGACUACUCCGGGUCCAUCAAAAUUGUCCUCAAUGACAAAAAUCCCAUGAUCGUCUGCCGGAACCUCCUAAUUCUCUCCAUUCUUGGUGUUAUCGCAGACGUUGAGGAAGGAGCCGAACAUGCUCUUCACCUCUGGUACUCUGUUUUUCAGCCUCUGUCUUACCAGACGCGCAUUCUUCUACAUCUCUGCGAGUCUGAUACCUUUAAGAAUCUUAAGGGGACACCCUCUCAGCUUACAUCUUCUACCACGAUGCACACAGUAUUCUCCUCUCACACUGUCGAUUUUCUUUCCCAACAGCUUUGUUCAGCUUUGGAUCCCGCUUCCGCCAACACCGCUUUGAACAACAUAAUGAAUGCGCCGGAGCGAGUGGAUUAUCGCGACAGAUAUUAUGAGGCCAUUAAACCUUCUCAUAGAGUUGCAUUUGAGAGGUGGCGUUCAUUCGGGCUCGUUUUACCCUUUGGGGCCGCCAACUCUCAUAUGGCUAUCCCGAACAAAUGGCUCUUCACUUAUGGACAUCUCAUGCUCAACGAUUGCGCUAAUCCCUUCGAAGGAUGGAAUCUCGACGAGAUGUUUAAGGCCGGAAAAGCUCAUGGCACAACCGAAGACGAUUUGAUAGGUUGCCUAUUCUUCUACGUCAAAAACCAGCUCGUCGAAUUUUCCAACCGACUUCGUCGAUUCAAGAUACAUAUAUAUUCCUUUGAUGAGGACGCCCGAGUGCUUCAGAGAACUUUGAAAGGCGGCCCAUCAUUUCCGCAAAGCUUCGACCGCAUUGAAGUCUCAAAUAUUGUCGACAAGAAUUACGUUGGGAUGUCCGUCUUAUCUGACUGGAGUCCUUUUCUGAACAAAGCUAAUCCUCACGCGGCCAUUGUCGGCCUCUUUAUGAACUGGCCGACAUGGAAAGAAUCCGGCAAUGCUCUGUCUUCAGAAUCAGCUGGCAGUCGUGCGAUGAAGAAGAUGGCCGCUUGCCCCUAUGCAGGAUUUUCUCCAAACCUUUCUCCCGGAAGGAUGAUGAGCAUGAUGAACAAUCUGAAUAUGUUCCACGACACGUCUCCUGCUUUCGAAGAGUAUUUGAGAGACGAGAAGGAGGCUGUAAUUGCUCGCAAGGCUGGACUUCGCCGUCGACGUAUCCAUAAAAUCGUGCCACACCGUUGCUACACCAAGCCUGGUAUGGCACAAAGCGAACUUCCAUCCAUCGACUCGGCGCAACGUUGGUAUAGGGUGGUAAGUCUUCACGAUCGUCCUUUAUGUUUCCAUACUUCAUCGCGUUAUUUUUCAGGCUUCCCUAGGUGGAAUGACGUAUUUUGAGCGCUAUGCCGAGUGGGGCUUGGCGACAACACAGCUAUAGUCUGGGAGAACCGUCCCAUUGAUAAUCGAAGAAUAGUAG